CCCCAACGAUUCCGGAGAUUUGAGCUCCAGGCAGGCAAUACAGGUGCCAUACGCUCUUGUAGCCGCCCAACGUUGCCCUACCCUGGCAAGAACUUCUGAAAACUACCGCUGACUGUGAUGAUUAUUUAAUUUUGUGUAUUUCUAAAAGGUAAUCUUCGGUAUAAUGCGGUUAAUGUAUCGCGGCUGGAUGACGCAUUCUGUACGCUGCGUUUCAUUUGCAACCCUCAAGUGUGCACUUUCAAGUCAAGUAUGUACUUUGCGUUCUUGGGAUGAGGCACGGCCUGACAAACUUUAUGGAUUCUUCACUUCUAAAGCGAGGGUCACGCCACUUAAAGCUGGCAGUAGGCUAUUUUAUGCAGCGUCCAGUGAAGCAGUCCCUGGCUAGCUCUCUGUGUCGGGAGUCACACUGGAAAUGUCUUCUUCUCACACUGCUUAUGUAUGGAUGUUUUGGCACACUGACCUGGUGCGGACUAUGCAAGGUUCCUGUCCUUACAGUCCCAGUAGAACUUGCAGCCACGGUAUUGGAAAAUGAAGACCAGUCUACGCCCUCAGCUGCAGCAAACACCUACAGCCCUGAUGAUUUGGCACUGGACAGCCCUUGCUCAAGCGGCUAUGUUUACAUUCCUCUGGCCUUUCUGGCAAUGCUAUAUGUGGUCUACUUGGUGGAGUGCUGGCACUGCUAUUCCAAAACUGCGAUGCUGGCUCAAGCAGAGGUUGCGGAGGUGUAUGAGCGUGUUCAGAGACUUCAGCAGGCUACGCCAUGCAUCUGGUGGAAGGCCAUCAGCUACCAUUAUGUGCGGAGGACCAGACAGGUAACACGCUACCGCAAUGGAGAUGCAUAUACCACUACACAGGUGUACCAUGAACGGGUCAACACGCAUGCAGCGAGUUCAGAGUUUGACUAUGCCAGGCUGGGUGUAAAAGAUGUCUCAAAGGAGCUAAGGGGCCUCAUGGACCAUCCAGCAGUGCGUCUGCGCUUUACGAAGUGCUUUAGUUUCUCUAGUGCCCGAGCAGAGGCUGCCUACCUCACACAACGUGCACGGUUCUUUGGGGAAAAUGAAGGCCUUGAUGACUACAUGGAGGCAAGAGAGGGAAUGCACCUGAAAAAUGUAGACUUCCGAGAACAUAUGCUGGCCUUCCCUGAACCCACACGGCAGCCCUGGUACGCACGCCGGAGGGUAUUCUGGCUUGCCUCAGCUUUGCUGCUGUCAUGGCCACUUCGUGUUGUGGCAGAAUACCGCACUGCAUAUGUUCAUUACCAUGUGGAAAAGCUUUUCGGAGAUGAAGAUGACAGCAGCAGAGGGGAUGGAAGCGAAAAUGGAGGGAUCAAUGAGAAUGUAAAUGGACCUGGUGGAGGGGGCAUUGGAUCUAGUUACCGUGCCAUUUCCCGAGUUAACACUGUUGACAUGACAGAACUAGAGUGGCACAUUCGCUGCAAUCAGCAGAUGGUUCCUAGCUAUUCUGAGGCAUUGCUGAUGGAUCCUGGCUCCGAUGCUAACCAAGGCACUAACCCCCCUCCCGCUGGGGCAAACUCCAACACAGGUGGUCCUACAUUGCCUGUAGCAUUUGCCUCAGCCUACCUGCUCCAGAGCUGCCCUCGCUGUCGGCGGUCCACUAGCAGCAUGUCGCUCCCUUCCAGGCUGAGAGGCCCAACGGCUGCCUUGCUGACUGGCACUGUGGCUGGAAUGAGGUCUAGUGGAGCAGGAGGUGCUGCUGGAGGUCCAGGAAGGCUUGUUCUGAGCAGAAGUGGUUUUUCAUUGGGUCGUCUUCAAGCAACACGUCCCACAUCUCUGUUCCAUUCCCGCAGUGUGGGUGGAGGUCUAGGAGGAAGAGGGGAGGAGGGGAGUGGUACAGCAACAGGAGCAGGAGGUGGAGGGUUUCUUGGUUUGGGAUCAAGACAGGAUGAGGAAAGCAGAGGGGUGCUAGAGGGAGAAGGGGAGGAGGAAGAAGAACAGGGAAAUGUGGAGGCUGGGGAGGAGGAAGGAGAAAGUCAAGAAGUGGAAACAGAGCCGCCUGAAGAUAGUAACAGAGAGGAAGGAAGAGAGAGCGAAAGGGAUCGACCUCCUGCGUAUCAGGAUGCUUUUUUCUUCCCUGUGUUAAUAGUGCAUGGAGAGGAGAGUUGUCACUCAGGAGAAGAUGUCACUUAAAUGAGAAGAAAGACUCCCUGAAUAAUGAAAAAUAGAGGUAGCACUGUUUGCCUGAUGAGGGAUACAGGACAGUAGGAACGGAUAGCCUUGGUUGUCAUGUAGAAUAGUUGGGUAAUAGUUGGGUACGUUGGAGAAUAUGAUUCAUUAUAUCUAUGCAAGAUUGAGAGAAGUCAGGUAAAAUAAAUGACGGAUACUCAAUACGUGUUUUUUUCCUCCAUUCGUCACACUCCAAAAGGAAAUAUAUUACAGAAAAAGAAGACCAAAAAAAAAAGAAAAAAAAGUGUGUCUGUACAUCUUCCCAAUUAAGUGCUGUCAUAAAUCAUAGCUGUCAUAAUAUGAGCAUUUCUAUUUCUGUUUUUUUAGAACCAAUUAACUGCAGUGAUAGACAUAAUAUCUUCAGGUACAACAGAAUCACCAUAUGGUAAUCUCAGCCUUGGAGCCCAAAGGGAUCACAGUCUUCUGUAAGCCUGUUACACUUGUGCAUGUAACUUGACAUUACCUCAGCCUAUGCGUUAACAAAAGACAUGCAAUGUUUCAGUAAUGGACGCACCACAAUCCUCUUUUCUGACCUCCAUCUAUUCAGCUUAGUCUGGUCUUAACAUCCUCAAAUAUUCCUGCUUUGCAUGCUGUCUGGUGAGGCUUGGUCGAGGCCAGUUGACUUUGGGAGAUAAUGAUCAAAACAUGUUUUGAAGCUUUGGCUAAUGUAAUGUAGAGAAUGUUUCACUUUUGUUGUAGGACCAAGAAUUCCCAUUAGGAAAAACAAAGAAA